AUGGUCAUGAAAAGCCAAGAAGUGAACACCCCCCCUCCAUCCUCACACUUGGGACCACCAGUCACUAAGUGUUGCAUAGUGGCCUUCAGUGAGAGAAAUCAGCGCUGCCAUGACUGGGAGAGGGUCUGGUCCACAGGGAAAUCUUAUGGAGAAUAUCAGACUUUUGCAAAACAUUUGCAGACAAGCUCUGACAGCAGCCCUCUCUUGACUUUUGCUGUCUUUCAGGGCUGGGUGUUCAAUGUAGUUCCUUGGCUGGUUGCAAUUCCAACAAGCUUGUUCAGUGGAUUUCUGUCCGAUCAUUUAAUUAAUCAGGGGUACAAAACCAUCACCGUUCGUAAGUUCAUGCAGGUCAUUGGCUCUGGAGUCUCAAGCAUGUUUGCCCUGUGCCUGGGCCAGACAUCUAGUUUUUGCAACGCUAUAGUGUUCGCCUCAGCCUCUGUUGGGCUUCAGACCUUUAACCACAGUGGCAUUUCAGUGAACGUGCAAGACCUGGCCCCAUCGUGUGCUGGCUUGCUGUUCGGUGUUGGAAAUACAGGCGGAGCUCUGCUAGGUGUGGUUUGCGUGUACCUGGCUGGAUAUCUGAUGGAAACAACGGGCUCCUGGAUUUCUGUUUUCAACCUGGUGGCUGCUGUCAACAGUGUUGGUCUCUGUGCGUUCCUGGUGUUUGGAGAGGCCCAGAGGGUGGACACAGACUCUGCCUACAUUGACAUGUAGCAAUGAGUCUGAGGAGCAGUGGAAGGAGCGGGGUGUGUCAUGUCUGUGUGCCACUGAUGCACAAGUGCCAAAGAACAUUAUUGUUUUGUGGGUGUUUUAAUGGGACGAAAAUGACUGGGACCAUGUAUGCAGUGGGUCUGAAUGACACCCACAGCAGAAGACAAAGGUAGAAUUCCUGUUUUGCUCAGGGCAUGGCUGGUGGUUGGUGAGGCCAUCCAGUUCAAAGUCUACAGUGAGAACGUGGCCUUGGUUUGCCCCGGUCCCUUUCAGGGGCCAUGUAUGCUGGUGGCUGUCCUGCUGGACGGGGCUGCAGUUUGCACUCUCAGCUUACAGAGUGCAGAACAUGGGAACGGCUGUGCUUGGCUGCCCUGUGACUGUGUGGGGUAUUUCCAACACAUUGCUUUUUGUCUGGACUAAAAGCAAAAUCCAAAAGAAUGCACCUCUGACCUUAACCGCCCCUCGCGUGCCUUUGUUUUGCAAUCUGCUCUGCAGGUCCAACCCAGGUGCACAUGUGAAAAGGUUGUGAGAUGGAUUCAAGGCUUCCUUCAGGGCAAGUGAGGAUCUCUAGCUGGGAGCCCAGGGCAGGACAUCCCAUCCACACUGCCUUCACCACGCUCCAGCUGAGACCUCAAAGCUCAAGCCCCUCACCAGGGGGGACAUGGAGCUGUGCUGCCCUCGUAGUGCAGGGACAACUGAGGAAUCCUCCGAAGCCAUUUCACUGUAUGCUGUGAAUGUAUGUGAAGGAUUGGUCAUGUGCAAUGCUGUGGAUCUGUGCUCCCUGCUCUGUCAGAGGUGUCCCUUCACGUGCUCUUGAAGCACUGGGGGCAUUGCCAAAGAGCACGCAGUGGGCAUGGUGUCUGCAUGAGGUGCAAAGCCAAUUCCUGCACUGGGGACCCAUAGUGCUGGAUAUGGAUCCACACUGUUCCCUAUGCCAGGGGAAAUACUUGGCUGUUCACCUCUCUGAGUCUGAAUGUCUGAAGUUAUUUAUAAAUAUUUUUAAAUUUAAGUACCAAAUUCUAUAUUUUAUGUACUUGAGGCCUGAUUCUGCAUGCCUGUUUUCUGUGGUACUCCCAGCAAAGCCUAUGGGAUAUCUAAAGGGGAAGGAUUUACCAGCCUACAGCUUCUGCUUUUGUAGGAUCUGUUUUCCGUGUGACAUUUCACAUUAAAGGAAGUCAUUGCUCUUUCUCCCACCCUUCUCUCACAGCUCACCCAGCACUUCAGUGGGUUGACUGCAUUAUCUGCCUCUGUAAACUGGCCAGAAAGUUACAGAUCUAAGUCCAGGUUCCAUCUUCAGAUAUCCUCAGCAAAGCAUUGAACCCCUUUUCCAUAGUUGUACAAUUAUUAGUUUAAUCAGCCUUGCCAAAGCUUGCUAUCAGAGAUUGUGUUAUGGCAGGGCCUACAAAAAUAAAGGCAGCAAAUUGUUUG